AUGUCUGUUACUCAUAGUCAACUUCAAUACACAGAUUCCAAUGGAAAAGUGUACGAAGGAGAUCUUUAUGUUCCAAGAACAACUAGAAUGAGAAAACUUCCCGGUGUCCUUGUGUUCCCUGCAUUCCGCGGAAUCACCGAAUUUGAAAAAGAAAAAGCGAAGGCUCUUGCUCAGGAGGGCUACAUCGCAUUGGCAGCUGAUCCAUUUGGAAAGGGAAUUCAUCCAAAAGACAAAGCAGAAUGUUUUGCAAUUGUACGCCCAAUGAUAAUUGAGAGGAGUAAACUAUUAAAGUGUGUAAUAGUCGCGGCAUUUGAUGCCAUAAAGGCUGUUCAGUGUGUAGAUGUUAAUAAAAUUGGAGCACUUGGAUUUUGUUUUGGAGGCCUAUGUGCGCUUGAUCUAGCCAGGUACAAUGUUGGACUGAAAGCAGCCAUUUCAUUUCAUGGCACACUGACUCCAAUACCUGAUGCUCCACUUGAUAAGAUUAUUGAAACAGCUGUCCAGGUUCAUCAUGGAGAUUCGGAUGCUCAUAUUCCAAAAGAACAAGUCGAUGGAUUCCACGUGGAGAUGAGAACUCGAAAUGCGGAUUUUGUGUUUUCCAGUCAUGCACAUGCUGAACAUGGAUUCACAGAGCCAGAUGCUGAUUCUUUCGGACUUCCCGGAGUUAAAUAUAACAAAAAAGCUGCGGAUCGAUCAUGGGCAUCUGCUUUGGCUUUAUUUAAAGAAAUAUUUUAAAUCUCAUAUUAUAUGCAUUAUUUAAAUUUAUAUAAAUUUUCAUGAAAGA